AUGCUUCAAUUUCUCAUACUCCUUCCCUUCUUCCUCACACUCUUCUUCAUCUUCUUCCCCAAAUCAUCAAAGCUCCCUCCAGGGCCAUGGAAGCUUCCUCUCAUUGGAAACCUCCACAACCUCGCCGGCGACCUCCCCCACCGCGCGCUGCAGCGAUUAUCCCUCAAAUACGGCCCAUUGAUGCACGUCCGCCUCGGCCAACUCUCCGCCGUCGUCGUCUCCUCCCCCGACGCCGCCAGAGAAGUGCUCCGAACUCACGACGUCAAAUUCGCCACCAGGCCCCGAAUUGUGGUGGCGGAGAUCAUGCUGUACGGCUGCAACAGCAUCAGCUUCAGCCCUCCCGGCGAGUACUGGCGCCACCUGAGAAAGAUCUGCACGUCGGAGCUACUGACGGCGAAGCGCGUCCAGUCCUUCCGGUCGCUGCGGAAGCACGUCUUCUCCGACCUCGUCCGGCGGAUAGUUUCCGGCGAAGGAUCGCCCGUCGAUCUGACGGAGCUGCUGCACUCCACGAGCUACGACUACACCACCAGAACGGCGUUGGGAACGGAAACGGAAAAGCAUAAGAGGUUUCUGGCGAUCGUGACAGAGGCUUUCGGUCUGGCGACGGGAUUGGACAUCACCGAACUGUUUCCUUCGAUCAAAUUGCUGCACAGAUUCAGCGGGCUGAGAAAUAGGCUGAUGGUUUUGCACCGGGAAGCCGACGCCAUUCUCGACGAGAUCAUCCGCCAACACGAAGAAUCCGAUCAGAAACAAGGGCAAGAAGAUCUGGUCGACGUUCUUCUGAAAUCUCGCCGGGACGCCGGAGUCGAACUCGCAUUAACAACAGACAACAUGAAAGCUAUAAUCCUGGACGUAAGUGAGACGGCAGCGACAACCAUGGAUUGGGCGAUGGCGGAGAUGCUGAAAAAUCGACAAGUCCUCGAAAAGGCGCAAGAAGAAGUUCGACAGGUUUUCGACAAGCAAGGCGGUUUCAUCGACGAACCGAGCAUUCCGGAGCUCAAGUAUUUGAAGCUAAUUAUCAAAGAAACUUUGAGAUUACACGCUCCGGUGCCGCUGCUGCUGCCGAGGAAAUGCGAACAGAGAUGCGAGAUUAUGGGGUAUGAGAUCCCGGAGGAGACGAAGAUCAUGGUGAAUACAUGGGCUAUAAAUCGCGACCCAAAGUAUUGGUCGGAUCCCCAAAGCUUUAAGCCCGAAAGGUUUCUCGAUAGCCCUGUCGAUUACAAAGGCAAUCAUUUUGAAUACACACCUUUCGGAUCCGGGAGACUUGCUAUGACCAAUGUCGAGCUCGCCCUCUCGUUUUUUCUCUACCACUUCGACUGGAAAUUGCCGCAAGGACUAAAACUGGAGGAGAUGAAAAUGACGGAAGGGGCUGGCCUUACAGCCGGAAGAGCAAAUCAUUUGUUUCCGUUGUGAAAAGGACGUUGCUUGUUGAAUGAUCGAUUCUAUUCUAUGGAUGUAAUAAACUAAAACAGAGUCCUUUCUUUAUUCAAUUCACGAUGUUUUCGAUAGAUACGAACAUAGAUUACGGCAAUGGCCUCGUAAUAACCGGAACAGCGCGCAAGUUUAUUAAUCUCCUCGUCGUCACUCCAAAUUUCUCCGACAUGUCGAUGUCUUCAGGCUUCAUUCCGUCGGGUAAUUUCCAGUCGAAGUGGUAGAGCAGCAUGGCCAACGGGCUUUGAAUAUUCGCAAGUCCGAAGGAAAUCCCGGGGCAGAUCCUCCUGCCGGCGCCGAACGGGAGGUAUUCAAAGCUGUCGCCGCCGUAAUCCACGGCGCUGUCGAGAAAUCUCUCCGGCUUAAAGGACAGGGGAUCUUGCCAGUAGUCAGGGUCCCUGUUAAUGGUCCAAGCAUUCACGAUGACUCUGGUGUUUUCCGGUAUGUCGCAACCGUUGAUCUGGCAGGCCUCGAUGCACAUUCUUGGGACCAACAAUGGCCCUGGAGUGUGCAACCUCAACGUUUCCUUGAUCACCGAAUUCAGAUACUUGAGUUCAUUGACGUCCGAUUCGUUGACAUGUCCUUUCCUGUCGAACACCGCCCGGACCUCGCGCUGAGCUCUGUCCAUCACCGAUGGAUUUUUCAGCAGCUCCGUCAUCGCCCAAUCUAAUGUCGUUGCGGACGUCUCGCUGCCGGCGCCGAGAAUGUCCAUGAUCACGGAUUUGAUGCUGUUGGAGGUUAAAAAAGAUUGGUGCUCUUCACCCUGUAAUUUCAGAAGAACGUCGACGAGAUCGUCGACUUUCUUUCCAUCUUCUUUCUCAGGAGCUUCUCUGUGGUCGCCGAUGAUGC